GAAAAUACGACCGAUCAUUGAAUGAGUGUUUUCAGCACAUUUACAAGCACUUGCCAUGAUUAUCAAAACUAAAUAGAAUAAAUAAUUGACAUAAGAAGCUCAUCGUAGUUGCAGCUCGAUACCACAAGGCCGUUUACUUUCGAUAGUACGUCGAGCUCUCAUCUGAAUAGUCCGGCGCUUGCGAUAAUUCAAAAACCUGUAAAUACUUUACACGCUAGUAUCCAAGAAAUAAUCGAAAGGUCAUUCGGUCUGGCCGAACGCAGGUAGGCUUUAAUCAGAGAAAUAUUUCGAAAAAUAGCCGUCGAAAAAUUUUUUUGUCGCCAAUACGAAAAGUGAAGAGAAUCCAAAAUAGCACUGCGACGAAAAAAAGUGGGGUACCUACGAUUUUCGAUAUAAAUUGGCCGAGCUUCUCAUGCUCAUCAUCACAUUUCACUCGUCCUCUGAUCAAUUGACAUCAGUCGAGAAACCCCCAAGCACCAUGAAAUUCAUCCUUGCCGUCCUCGCCCUCGCGGCCGUCGCCUACGCCCAGGAGCAACGCCCAAUUGCCAUCCUCCGCCAAGCUCACCCCGAAUACACCCCAGAGGGUCACUACUCUCACAGCUUCGAAACCGAAAACGGCAUCUACGUCCAGGAACAAGGCAGCGCCAGCGUACCCGGAGAAACCGGCAAUGUCAUCGCCACCCAGGGAUCUUACCAAUACACCGCCCCCGAUGGCCAAGUGAUCCAAGUCCAGUACACCGCUGACCAAAACGGAUUCCAAGCCCAGGGCGACCAUCUGCCAAAAGCCCACCCAAUCCCAGAGGCCAUCGCUCGCGCCCUCGAGUACAUCCGCACUCACCCACAGCCAGUCGAGCAACAACGUCGCUUCUAAGUGAUGUGCACAUUGUCGCUGUCCAAAUUUAGUCUUUAAGUUAGAUAAUUUUUUAUACGUCCGUCCAAUUUAUAAAUAUUAUACUUUCUUCAUGU